GAAUCGCACUUCUUGACGUGGCUGAGAAGUGUCGGCGAAUAAUCAACGAGUUUUGCAGAAUUCAAGAACUAUUCGAACAGUCGUUGCAAAAUGGUACUGCUGGCGGCAGCAGUGUGCAACAAAGGCGGGAAAGCCAUCAUAUCCCGCCAGUUUGUUGAAAUGAAUAGAUCCAGAAUAGAGGGCCUUCUUGCUGCCUUCCCAAAAUUGAUGAACACCGGAAAACAGCACACAUUUGUUGAGACUGAAAGUGUGAGAUAUGUGUAUCAACCUCUGGAAAAACUGUACAUGCUCCUCAUCACAACAAAAGCCAGCAACAUACUGGAGGAUCUAGAAACACUUCGGCUGUUUGCUAGAGUGAUACCAGAAUACUGCAGAAAUCUAGAAGAGAGUGACAUUGUUGAUCAAGCGUUCCAGCUGAUUUUUGCCUUUGACGAGAUAGUUGCUCUUGGAUACCGUGAAAAUGUCAACCUAGCCCAGAUCAGAACCUUUACAGAGAUGGACUCCCACGAGGAGAAAGUGUUCAUGGCUGUCAGACAGACUCAAGAAAAAGAGGCGAAGGACCAGAUGCGAAAGAAAGCGAAGGAGCUUGCCAGGCAGCGCCAAGACGCAGAGCGUAGUGGACGGGCGGCGGGACUGGGCAGUGGUGGGUUUGGGAGCUCAUCAUUCAACCGCGGCAGCGAUACCACCAGUAUCAUUGACACCACCCCAAUGGAGCCAGUCAAACCUGCAUACAAUCCUCCCAGCCGUCCGGCAGGCAAGGGCAAAGCGCUGAACCUGAAGAGUCGGAAGCAGGAUGUCGACUCUUUUGUGGGCCAGCUGCAGUCUGAGGGAGAAAAAGUCACCAGUGUUAACCAGUCAACUAACAAAGCUAUGGCCAAGGUAGCAACGCCUGCAGCAAACCAAGAAGGUGUACACAUUCGAGUGGAAGAGAGCAUCAAUGUUACGGCGGGUCGAGAUGGUGGGCUACAGGCCCUCGAGCUGCACGGUAUAAUCAAGCUGAAGGUUAAUGAUGAGAAACUUGCUAGAUCUGUCCUACAUGUCAUCAACAAUGAUAAAAAAGGCAUAAGCCUGCAGACACAUCCAAACAUAGACAAGAAGAUGUUUGCAUCCCAGUCUGUGAUUGGCUUAAAAAAUCCUGAGAAGCCGUUCCCGAUUGGUCAGGACAUUGGUGUGUUGAAAUGGCGCUUCACCACUCAGGACGAGUCCUUCAUGCCUCUGUCUAUCAAUUGCUGGCCGAAUGAGAGUGGCAGUGGCUGUGACGUGAACAUUGAAUAUGAGCUCGAACAAGAAGACCUGGAGCUGAAUGAUGUUCAAAUCACCAUCCCCAUACCAUCUGGUGUUGGGGCGCCGGUUGUGGGGGACUGUGAUGGUGACUACACGUACGACAGUCGCAAGAACCAGCUCCACUGGACCUUGCCCGUCAUCGACGCUUCCAACAAGUCCGGAAGUAUGGAAUUCUCUGUCAGCGGCCACCCAGAUGACUUCUUCCCUGUUAACGUGUCAUUUGUUUCAAAGAAAUCUUAUUGUGAUAUACAGAUUAGCGACUUGCGACUCUUAGAAGACGACUCACCAGCCAAGUACUCCUCAGAAGUGUGUUUUUAUGUUGACAAAUACGAAAUUGUGUAACAGGGACAAGCUAGAUGUAUUUAUUUUUGUCAAAUAGAAAACUAUACUAAAACAUGAAACAAAAUGUUGAGAAAGAGUGUUCAGUUGUGAAGGUACAAUGUAGCGCCAUGUCAGAGGGCCUGGUUUAUGACGCUUUAUCGAACAUGCAGUAGGCUGUACUGGAUCGAUAUAUACCUGCUUUCUUUACAAUGGCGCUCUGACAUUCAGAAAACUUAGGUACACUUUUGAUGUGCAGGUCUUGUGCAUAAUGGUUGAUGAUAGAAACUAUAUUGUCAUUGUUAUUACAUUAUUAUUGUUGAAAUUUUUACAUUAAAUUACCUUUGAACUGAGAACAGUGGUGCAGCAGUUUGAGUAACUAUCAUUUAGCACAACCCUGUGAGACCGACUGGUCAAAUAUUGAUCAGACUUGGGGAUUAAACUUGUUUCCAUAAUUAAAGCCAAUAGGAAAGAGUAAUGUAGGAUAAUUUGCAUCUGUACAUCCAAAAGUCGGAUUAUUAUGAAUGGCUGUACAUUUUGUUGUUCAAGUAUUUUUGCAGGAUUUCAUAAAAAGCGUGUCUGAUGGUGUUUAACUGUGUUGAGUGAUUGUCUAGUGUUAUUUGAAAUGACAGAUGCUAGAAUAUUAUGUUGGUAAUGUUGGGUUUUUAGCCAAAGAGUUAUAGAAGGGUGCUUCACCCUUCCCGUUUUAUGAUAGCAUCCUUCUGCCCUCAUCAAGGCCCUGCCCUUUUAUGAUGGCAUCCUUCUGCCCUCGUCAAGGCCAACAUGUGUAACUUUCUGCCUUCAUAUUAUUGAAUGCUUAUUUAUUUUUUAUUAAGACUUAAAAUGGGAUUGCAAAUACAUACAGAUUUAACAUAUUUGACUGUUAAAACCUAAAAUUGCUUCAAUUAAAACUAACAUUUUCUAUCUAAUUUUUAAUGUUCAAAUUUUUACAGCCUGCUUUUUCCUUAGCACCCUGUCCCUCUUAGGCAGCACCCUUCACUUUAAAACCUGGCUAAAACCCUAUAAUGUUAGAAUUGUAAACUUGAUUAGUGCUCUCAUUUUACAUGUUCUCUAUUGCUCAUUAUGAGACAUUUAACUUGAUUGAAUGUAUUCACAAAAUGAAUGAAAGAGCCAUCCAUGUUCUCCUGUUCAUAAGCUGAUCUGUUGAUGUUUUUGAGGCCUGCAAAGCAUGGGAAGCAUACAGUGACAAAGUUAUCCCAUUUCAACCAUGCACUCACACUUCAUUUCCAUACUUUUACUUUCGCAUUUUUAUCCAUUCUUUACCAAACUUGGCCUUAGUGUUAAUGGGCAUGUAUAUGAUCAAUAUUUAGAACAUAUUAUUAUUUGCUCUGAGAGUUAUUGCCCUUUAUUUGUCAAAAUGUUACCAAUUUCUCUUCAGCCAUCUUCUAAUUUAAUCAUUUCUUAUCUUUACCAACCUUGGUUACAGUAUUAAGGGGCAUAUUGACCAAACAUGGUUACAAUAUUAAGGGCAUAUUGACCAAACUUGGUUACAAUAUUAAGGGGCAUAUUGACCAAACUUGGUUACAAUAUUAAUCGGCAUAUUGACCAAACUUGGUUACAAUAUUAAUGGGCAUAAUCAACAGCCAGAUUGUGAUAUAACUCCAUAUCCAGAGUAAUAGCCCUUUAAUUGUCAAAAUUGGACAAGAUUCACUUUGACCACUCCUUGAGCAAGGGUUACAAUUUUGACUACUGUGACAUGUGUGCAAUUCUAGGUUUUAAGAAAAGGGAGGAGAUAUUUAAACAAAACUGUCAAACUAAGGAGUGUAUAGAUUAAGUUUUGCAAUACAAUUGUCAGAAAUAACAUAUUUUUGGGGAUUAUUUUGAGUGAAUUUUCACCUCAUAAUAUUUCAUUAUUCUCAGUGCUUAAACACACAUAUUAUGUUAGGUCUAUUUCGGACAUCAUCAACCUGUGCUAAAUGUGUCAUUCCAUUGAGCAGUGUUUGGUCCUUUGUUUAAUUAAGGUGGGUUUACAUGAAAAAUAAUAUGAAAAAUGUGCAUUAUUUAUAAUUAUGUGUCACUAUAAAUGACAAAUUAUGUACAUAAUAAAGUGUACAUAUCCGCA